CAUCGAGGAUGGCGCAGCGCACGGUCUCUCUCGGCGGCCUGGCAGGCUUGGCGCUCCUGGGCGCCCUUCUCUCCCUCUCGCCCGCCGAAAGCCAGCCCCCUCCCCUGCCCAAGGUAGGGCCGGGCCGAGGGAAGGCAAGCGGCCGGGCAAGCGGCGCCGGCUGCCUUCGGAGGGGACCCGGGUCUCUGUCUCGCCCCCCCCCCCCGUCUGCGAAAGGGGAAGGCAGCAGCGCCGCACCGGUGGGGAUACAGAGAAGUCCCCGUCAAAGCGCGAAGGGAGCGGAGCUGUCGAGGCGCACUUGGGGGGCGGGCUGUGUGUUUCUCUGCGGGCCUUUGAAGCCGCUGCUGCUGCCGGCUUCCCCUCCUUGUUUCCCGGGGUCUUAAUUUCCGACGUGCAGCAGCUGCCGCAGGCGCUUUGCAGGAGGUUCCUUCGGAUGGGAUCGAAAAGUGGCGAGCAGGCGCAAUCUCCACUGGGCGCAAAGCACCCCUUUGGAUCUCCGCGCCCGUUUGUCCGGGCUCGAGGGGUCUCUCUCUGAUCUGGGGGGGGGGGGAGUAGUCUUUGGGGUUGGACUUGAUGACCCUUUGGGGUCCCUUCCCACUGUCCCUUCUCUGACCCGCUUCUCUCCCCUCUGGCCCCGUAGUGCAACCUGCAGGGGAUGUGGGUGAACGAUCUGGGCUCCCGGAUGUUCAUCGGGCCCCUGAACGCGGCCGGCCAGUUCUCGGGCUACUACCUGGCCGCCGUCUCGGCUGCCCCCGACGCCGCCAUCCGGGAGUCGCCCCUGCACGGCACGCAGCACCCCAACCCCCCGCGCGCCCAGCCCACCUUCGGCUUCUCCGUCAACUGGUCCUUCUACGGUAGGCGGGGGGGGGGGGGCAGAAGGGGAGAGGGAGGGUCUGAGCAGCCCCAUGGACGAAGAAGAGAAGGGCUCCCGGCCGCCAGGGGCCCUCUCGUUCACGCGGUGGCGUCGGGGGACCGACUUGGGCUGGCCAGCCGAGGGACAGCAGCUCCCUCCCCCGCUCUGCCGCCCCUGAAGGAGAGGCUGGACGGCCUCGGCUCGGCGCCAGCCCACCGACCUCCCUCUCUCUGCCCCCCCCCCAGACUCCACCACCGUCUUCGUGGGGCAGUGCUUCUUGGAUGAAAACGGCGACGAGUUCUUGGAGGCGACGUGGCUGCUGCGGGAGGAGGUGGCGACUCACGCAGACAACUGGAAGGCCACCCGGUAAGCCGCCCCGACGGGCCGACUGGCGAGGGCGUCCCCCGUCCAUUAAAACAGGCAGGCGAGGACCUCGAGGGCGAAGGAGCGCCGUCGGGGCUGAGCAUCAGUUCCCUUCCUAGUAAUAAGAAGCAACUUUUCGCUGCUGCUCCCGAUGGUUGCCCCCCCCUCAUUUCCGUAACAGUUCAAAGCAGAUAUCGGGGACCAGGCUGCCCCCACGAAGGUGGGCCUAGGCCCCAGUUCAGCCCCCACCCUCCAUCAACUCCCUGUCUGCAAAGAGCCCCAACCCACGAACAUGAAAUCAUGCCAGAGUCGUCCAGGAGCCCUCCUGACCCAAGAAAAUGCCAACUGAAUGGUUUAUCUGAAAGUUCUCUCUCUCUUUCCUUGCAGGGUUGGCCAGAACGUCUAUGUACGUGUCAGAUGAAAAGGAACCAGGAUCUGGGCCUUCUUCUGCAACUCGUGCGUAGGACCAGCUACAAGACAACUCCCCUUCCCUCCACCAACACUGCCCCC